GGGGGCCCGGAGAAGAUGGCGACGCCGGGAAGCGAACCCCAACCUUUCGUCCCUGCCCUCUCGGUAGCUAGUCUGCACCCACAUCAUCAUCCACACCACCAUCACCACCAUCACCACCACCACGGAGGCACCGGAGCCGGCGGCGGGGCGGGAGGCGGCGGCGGUGGCAGCGGGGGCUUCAACCUGCCCUUGAACCGAGGUCUGGAGCGCGCUCUCGAAGAGGCGGCCAACUCCGGAGGGUUGAACCUCAGCGCUAGGAAACUGAAGGAAUUCCCCAGGACGGCAGCCCCCGGGCACGACCUCUCAGACACGGUGCAGGCAGAUUUAUCUAAAAACAGACUGGUCGAAGUCCCCAUGGAAUUGUGCCAUUUCGUAUCACUGGAAAUCCUUAAUCUGUAUCAUAAUUGUAUCAGAGUCAUUCCGGAGGCCAUCGUUAAUCUGCAGAUGCUGACUUACUUAAACUUGAGUCGAAAUCAGCUGUCCGCCCUGCCUGCCUGCCUGUGUGGUCUGCCUCUCAAAGUCUUAAUCGCAAGUAACAACAAACUUGGAUCACUACCUGAAGAGAUAGGGCAGCUCAAACAGUUAAUGGAGUUGGAUGUCAGCUGCAAUGAGAUCACAGCCUUGCCCCAGCAGAUAGGUCAACUGAAAUCUCUACGAGAACUGAAUGUCAGAAGAAAUUACCUUAAAGUGUUACCACAAGAAUUGGUAGAUCUUCCCUUGGUAAAGUUUGACUUUUCCUGCAACAAAGUGCUUGUGAUUCCAAUUUGCUUUAGAGAGAUGAAGCAGCUGCAAGUAUUACUGCUCGAGAACAACCCUCUGCAGUCUCCUCCAGCACAGAUUUGCACAAAGGGCAAAGUGCACAUAUUCAAGUAUCUGAGCAUCCAAGCGUGCCAGAUAAAGACAGCUGACUCACUUUACCUGCACAGCAUGGAGAGGCCACAUUUACACCAGCACGUGGAAGACAGCAAGAAGGAUUCUGAUUCGGGAGUUGGAAGUGACAAUGGAGAUAAGCGGUUAUCUGCCACUGAGCCUUCUGACGAAGACACUGUUAGCCUCAAUGUGCCAAUGUCAAAUAUCAUGGAAGAAGAACAGAUCAUCAAGGAGGACUCAUGCCAUCGCCUUAGCCCAGGCAAAGGGGAAUUUCAUCAGGAAUUUCAAUCAGAGACUUCCCUUUUGGGUGACAACAACUCAGGAGUAGAAAGAGACCAAUUUACUGAUGAAGCAGAAGUUCUCCAUCCAGAAUUUAUAAACUAUAUUAAGGAGAGGGCAGAAGACUGUGAAGAACUGUUACGGAUAGAAGAGGACGCACACUGGCAAACUGAGGGAAUAAUAAGUUCAUCCAAAGAUCAGGACAUGGAUAUAGCAAUGAUUGAGCAGCUGAGAGAAGCAGUAGAUUUGCUACAAGAUCCCAAUGGAUUAAGCACAGAUAUUAGAGAGAGAAGAGUUUUAAGCCUGUAUCCUCUGGGAUCAUCAGAAGCCUUAGAAUUACAAGAUUCUGCACUAAAUGGUCAAAUACAGCUGGAGACAUCUCCCGAGUGUGAGGUGCAAAAUGAGCUAACAUUGCAGAGUAAUGGGAGCCCGUAUUCUCCAAACGAGAUUAGAGAGAACUCCCCAGCGAUCUCUCCUGCCACAAACAGCACAACUCCAUUUGGCCUGAAGCCUCGAUCAGACCCAGCCCUCAUUCUUCCUCCUAUCUCCUUCAACAAACUUACACAGGCACAAACAUGGGACAACUCUAGCUACAGUGUUCCAUCUGAAGGAGACAGUGACAAUGUGUUUCUAAGACCUCAGAGAAAUUUGGAAUCUAUAGACCCACAGUUUACAAUUCGGAGGAAAAUGGAACAGAUGAGAGAAGAAAAAGAACUGGUGGAACAACUCCGUGAGAGCAUCGAGAUGAGGCUGAAGGUCAGUCUGCAUGAAGACCUGGGGGCAGCACUCAUGGAUGGUGUCGUCCUCUGCCAUCUCGUCAAUCACAUUCGCCCACGGUCCGUUGCAAGCAUCCAUGUUCCCUCACCAGCGGUUCCCAAACUUAGCAUGGCGAAGUGCAGAAGAAAUGUGGAAAACUUUUUGGAAGCAUGCCGAAAAUUAGGAGUACCAGAGGAAAAGCUGUGUCUACCCCAUCACAUCCUUGAAGAGAAAGGCCUGGUCAAAGUGGGCAUUACUGUUCAAGCGUUACUAGAAGUCACUGUUGCAAAGACCCUGUUCACAUGAAACCAACCCCUUUCCUUUGGGUGGACUCCAUCUCUUCUCCCAUCAGGGAUCCAGAACUCUGCUCCUGGACACCUCGUCCUCUCUCCCACACACUGCCUAUCAGCUCCCAACUCUCCUUGCAUUGAAAAAGUUUUCCAUCUAAGGGAGGAUGUUCUACCUUCAGCGCCAACCUCCAUUCUUAAGACUUGACAGGUAUUUAUCCUAAAACUAGUGAGGGAACUGGUGAGGAAGAGCUGAGCACAUCCAUGCUGCCUUGGACCACCUCCUUCAUCCCUUCCAUGCUCACCGACUGCCAUUAUCAAAACACCAAGCACAACCGUUUUACAGCAAGAUGUGUUUGUUUUAUUAAAGCCAAAUUGUUCCUUAUUUAGUGGGGGGAAGGGGGACAUAAUCAGGUUUUUCUCCACCAAAUUUUUCAAGACGUUUCUUGAGACCAUUGCCUUUUAAAAAACUAUUUUCAACAUGCAAAAAUAUUUAUAUAAAUAUUAUUUAUUAG